AUGUUCAGUCGCUCCGAGGAAGAGCCCGAGGAGGACCAGCGUGCGCGCCGCCAUGCCCAAGAGCCUUCCCUCCAAGUGGCUCGCCAGCCCAGCAAGUCCUUCUUCCAGGCCGUCCUGCCCGUCUUCGCCUGCGGAGCUGGACUCUUCUCCGACGGCUACAUCAACAACGUCAUUGGCUCCGUCAACACCCUCUUGAAGCUGCAGUACAAAGAGGUGUACACCGGCUCCAACGCCGCCCGCUACGUUGCCGACAUCGCCUUUGCUGGCACCGUCGUCGGCCAGCUCCUGUUCGGCUUCACCUGCGACUACUGGUCGCGCACCAACUCCCUCAUGGCGUCCACGGUGAUCCUCAUCGUGUUUACCGCCUUGGCCACCGGUUCCUACUACAAAGGCGACCCCGUCGGAAUGUUCAACAUGUUGACCGCCUGGCGGUUUUUCGUCGGCAUCGGCAUUGGAGGCGAAUACCCAGCUGGCAGUGUCGGAUGCGCCGAAUCCACCGGCGAGCUGAAGAGCGGCACGCGCAACCGGUGGUUCAUCUUGUUCACCAACACCAUGAUUGACUGGGGUUUCGUGGUUGGCGCCUUUGUACCGUACGUCGUCGCAGCUGCCGCCCACAGCCAGCACUACGAGACCAUUUGGCGCACCAGCCUGGGCAUCGGCGUCGUCUUUCCCCUGAUGCUGCUCUGGAUGCGGCUGCGGCUCAAGGAACCCGAAGAAUUCGCCAAGGAGUCGAUGCGCAACAACACGCCGUACCUACUGGUCCUGCGGUUCUACUGGUUCCGCCUCCUUUGCGUCAGCCUCAUCUGGUUCCUCUACGACUUCUCGACGUACGCGUUCGGCAUCUACUCGUCGGACAUUCUGCAAGGCAUCUACGGAAAGCAAGCUGCCCUGACGACCGUCUUUGGCUGGAACACCGUCAUCAACAUGUUCUACCUGCCGGGAACCAUUGCCGGCGCCUUCGUGUCGGACUGGGUCGGACCCAAGUACACCCUGAUCGGCGGGGUGCUCCUGCAGGCCCUCGUCGGAUACGUCAUGGCCGGGGUGUACGGGAGCAUCAAGACGCACAUCGCGGGCUUCGCCGUCAUAUACGGCGUCUUCCUGUCGCUCGGCGAGCUCGGGCCCGGCAACAACAUCGGCCUCUUGGCGUCCAAGACGUGCGCCACCGGCGUCCGCGGCCGCUACUACGGCAUCGCCUCGGCCGUCGGCAAGGUCGGCGCGUUUGUCGGCACCUGGGUGUUUCCGUACAUCCAGGCCGCCGGCGGCAACGACGUCGAGUCGGCCCAGUACCCCUUCUGGGUGGCCUCGAGCCUGUGCGUCCUCUCGGCCGCCGUCGCCUGGCUCUUCAUCCCCAACAUCCAGCAGGACACGAUUGCGCACGAGGACGCGCGCUUCCGCGCGUUCCUCGAGAGCCGCGGCUGGGACACGGCGCAGCUGGGCCUCGGCAAGACGGAUUCCGAGGUGGGCCGCAGCGGCCACCACGAGCACGACGAGCACGGCCCGGACAAGAGCGGCAAGUAG